CGAGUUCAAAACUAUCGUCGAGUCGAACACGAUCGUUGAGUCACACGAUCGUGAAGUCAAACAUGAUUGUCGAGUCCAAAACUAUCGUCGAGUCGAACACGAUCGUCACGUCCAGCACGAUCGUCGAGUCGAACACCAAUGUGCCCCGUCGUCGAGCCGAACACGAUCGUCGAGUCAUCGUCGAGUCCAACACGAUCGUCGAGUCGAACCCGAUCCUCGAAUCCAACACGACCGUCGCAUCGAACACGAUCGUCGAGUCGGACACGAUCGUCAGUUCAUCGUCGUGUCGAACACGAUGGUCAAGUCGAAGACGAUCAUGCCCUGUCGUCCAGUCGAACACGAUCGUGGAGUCGAACACGAUCGUGCCUUGUCGUCGACUCAAACACGAUUGUUCCCUACCGUCGUGUCGAACCCGAUCGUGCCCUAUCGUCGAGUCGAACACGAUUGUGCGCAGUGGAAUGUCGUCGACAGGGUUCUGCGACGAGCUGCUUGACAUGGAUCGGGAGGGGAAGCCAAGCAAACGACGUGCUAGUAGAAGUUCCGGAAGCAUGGAGCAAUCUUCGAAAAAAACGAAGGGGACACCGACCUCUGGCGUGGGGACUGAUGAGACACCGGCGUCUAAGGACCAGCGAACCCCGGUGCCACGGGGUGCGUCUUCUACGGGCAGUCCUUCCGCUCGUGUUCGCGGUUCUGGACGGGAUGUGGCUGUGUUGAUGAGUGGUGGGGCUGCGGGUCAAGAAGAGGAGGCUGCUGGUCGGCAGGGGAAAUCUGCGAUGGACGUUGUGCCCAGGCGUAGAAGGUCUGGUGAAACGUCCGUUGCAGCCCCUAUGAAGUCCAGAACAACAUCAACCAAGGAACUCAUUUCCUUGGUCCGCCCACCACGUUAUGACUUGGAGAUUCCAAGCCGGCCGCAAUAUUUUGAAGAUGACGACAAGGAGAACAGCGAGGAGGAUUCAGAGCAUGAUGAAGAAAAUGAGGAGGGUGGCGAUGACAGAGGGGAGCGUGGGGAAGAAGCGGAAGUAGGGAGUGAGGCGACAAUCAACGAGAGGGGUGGGCAAGGCGAAUUGGAGGGUGGUCUAGGGAUUGAAUAUGAGGAUGAAGGGCAAGAAGAGGAAACGACCAGCGAGGGAGGGUAUGCACAACGGCUCCCGCCGGGACAGGGGCAUUGGGGUGCGGAUCGAGGGUGGGGGGGAAUGCACAACGAAGUGACGGUCGUGCCAGCACAUACCGAUGCAGCACGGCUGGCUGAAAAGAAGAGGAAAAUCAGGCAAGAGAGGAGAAGUGCUUUGGACAGUAAGAGAACCAAGCAGGAAGGGGGGACCAAGCGGGAGCAGGGUCACAAACGCAAGUUGAAACUGCUAUCAGUUUAUGAGGCUGUCCAGCGUACGCGGGAGGCUGAGGAGGCCAUGAAGAAAAAACGGCAGCCAAGAAAAAAAGCAGCGAAGGAAGGUGUGAUGGAAAAAACUUAUGUUUUUCCACCAGACCAGCCACAGUCGGAUGAAGACGCUGUGGGCAAGACAGUCACCAGACCGCCCUCUUUGCAGACUCUGCCGCCGGGGAAUUCUUCUGGUCAUCUGAGCAAAGGUUUCCUCCUUGAGUUCGACGAGAAUGGUAACCAAAGGCCGAAAAUGCAGUUCAUUUCUGUCAAGUUGGACAUGAUUCUGGAUAUCCCUGACGAGGAAUUCAGAUAUAAUCAACGCUUUCUCGGUCAGGAGCUUAUUGAUGACCUUUACAAAACAAUGGUUGAAUCGGGUGAGGCAGCUAUCAGAGACAGAACGACCGGAGCAGGCGGGGUGAAUGUAUGUACAUUAUACGAGAAGCCCGUCCUUUUUGGUUGGGCUGCAUGAUACGAUGCAUACUGACGCUUCCUGAACAAAUGUGAGGGCAAGAA